GAGUGGAAAAGAUUUUCAUCUAUGAUGAUGACAGAUUUUACAGAAGAGCAUACGUGGUUACAAAUACAGCGUGAACUCAGUUUGAGGAAACUAACAGAGGGUUCCAAGUAUCAAGAGGAACUAAAAUAUGACUUCAAUAUAAAAGGGGAACUGAGGCACCUGGAUACAAAUGAGUCCUUUGUUUUCAAUUACUACAAGAAUGGACAUGAGCAGAAUCAUGAACGCUACGAAGUUCUGGGACAUUCUAUUACCCAGUAUGUUUAUGAGCUCCUGGGAAGAGUCUGCAUGCUGCAGAAGGUUUUUAUUCCUACUGAUGCUACAGAGGAUGAACCAAGAAGCUUCUUUUUCAUGAGCAAGGAUGCAUUAACAAGUUCCUCUAGUCUAAUUAUCUUUCUUCAAGACCAUGGAGCUUUUUGUGCUGGACAGUGGGGGCGAAGGGCAAUUGUCAGUGAGGGCUUGAAACAUGGAACACAAAUACCAUUCAUCAAAAUGGCCCUGAAGAGCCACUGGGAAGUGAUUGUACUGAACCCCAAUGACAAUUUCACUGAUAUGAAAACUGAAAAGGAGAGAUUUUCUGUCAGACAGUCUGCCUGUUUGAUCCCCAAAAGGGGCAGCAGCAGCCCCGAAGAGCACACCACGUAUGUAUGGGAUCAUUUCAUUGCAAAGAGUGCAGCCAGAAAUGUGGCCUUCAUUGCCCAUGGCUAUGGUGGGUUGGUGUUUGUUGAUCUGCUGGUGCAGAGGAAACAUGAGGUGAUGAAUAAAGUGUACUCUGUGGCAUUCAUUGACUCCACACACAACAUACAGCAGCAGAGCAGACACGAUCCAGAAAUACAGGAAUGGAUACACAAAAACUGCCGAGAAUGGGUGUCGAACAGCAAACCCCUAAACAAAACUGUGCACUGUCUCAUGAGAGUAAAUUGUCCUACUUUCUCUGCUGGAACAGAAAAGUAUGGGUUAGCACCCUCCUGCUGCUUACAACCCAUCUUUAAGUACUUGAAGAGCAUGCUGAAAGCCAAGAUCACAACAGCCUUGAGGAAUUCGCCUGUUGUAACCAGAAGCAGCACAAGGAAGAAGACAGGCAAUUAA